GGAAUGAUGCAUUAUGUCUUUAGUCAUUUGAAAACAUAGGAUAAGCGAUGAGCAUCCAUCUCUUACAAGCGAAAUCUGCAACUUGUUUAUACUACAUUUUGUAGUUUCAGGGGGAAAAAAUAAAGAAAUUAAAAAGUAUGGCUACCUCAUCAGUUAUCUUUCUGACGGUCAUUACUGCGUGUUUAGGAUUGAUUGCAUAUUCUUUACCUCUUCCUGCUCAAUAUACUGAAGGAUCAUCAAUGACUGGCAAAAUGAAUAAAACCAACACACCUACGACCUCAUCUUCAUACGUUACCACAGAGGAGAACUUCGAACCAACGAGUGAUACAGAAAACAAGACGACUCCCACCAUGCAUCAUGCGCAUUAUGACGUCAGACGUCCCGAACCCGAUCACGUUUUUCGUCGUCUGCUAGCAGAUAUCUUGAAACUGACCCGUUCCCCAAAACAGACCCUGCUCCAAAUCGCUUCUCCAUCUAAUUGCAAUUUGUCGGAAAGUACUCUAUCAACAACAGCAUCGAGAACGGUGGAGAUAACGGCGUCAAGGAACGCAAUUACGGAUCAUCUAAGAGCGACGACGGAGUCACGUGAUGGAGAUAGAUGGGCGUGGCUUAUUCUCGGUGGAAAGACAAAUUCUAGUAUCCGUUUUUCAAGCGUUCGUUCUCUUCUAACUAAGCUGCAACCGGCACCAUUCGUAACAUAUAAGCCUACACCCAUCUCUGUUACGUAAUCUCCUGUUAUCAGUAAAUAAUCAUAUU